ACCUAGCCACUAUUUCAGGUGAUUUAAAAAAAAUUGUUUUCUUAAAGAUACAUACUGAGCCUUGAAUGUACCAAAAAAAACAGAAAAUAUAAUUGUACACCAUGGGCGAGGUACCGUGCGACUGGCAGUUGGCCUGCACCGAAAUUAAACAACGAGGAGAGUAUUUGCUUCAAUCUGAACAAUGGUCAGAUUGUACCUUCCUGGUGGGAUCUGAGCCGAACCAAGUUGAGGUGCGUGGCCACAGGCUCAUCCUGGCAAUGGCUUCUCCUGUGUUCGAAGCUAUGUUCUACGGUGGAAUGGCUGAGAGAAAUGAUCCGAUCCCUAUUCUAGAUGUCCAGCCUGAAGCAUUCAAAGCGCUUUUAGAAUACAUUUACACGGAUAACAUCAACAUCAGUUCAUUCGAUAAAGCAUGUGAAUUGUGCUAUGGCGCCAAAAAGUACAUGCUUCCGCAUCUAGUCAAGGAGUGCACUAAGUAUCUGUGGUCCGAUCUGUACCCUCGCAAUGCGUGCCGAGCCUAUGAAUUCGCCCGUCUCUUCGAAGAGAGCGUGCUGAUGGACAAAUGUCUCCAGAUUAUUAGCACUAACACCAAGGAGGUGCUCCACGACUGUAGCUUUGAGGAAGUGGAGCUCAACACGCUGAUCACGGUGUUCUCCUUGGAACACUUGAACAUCGACAGUGAGCUGGAUCUGUUCGAAGCUGCUGUUAGAUAUGCGAAGGGACAGGAGAGGAGGAAGGACGACCGGAGCGCUAGCCCGCCUGCUGAUGGACCGCCAGCCGAGAAAAGGUCCAAGAGUCCUCAGCCGUGUACUUCACAGGAGAAGGUGGUAAACGUAGAGAGCAGCGCUGAGAACAGUCCUGCCGCUACAACCGAUGCUACGAAGCCAGAUGAAGAACCGGAAACAACUCCAGUUCCUGAGGAGACCAAGAAGGAAAAGAGAGUUGAGCCUAAGGACAACAAGCCCACCAUCCGCAAGGCGAUCGAGAAAAUUCGCUUCCUGACGCUGACUCCUCAGCAGUUCGCCAAGGGUCCGGCCAAGUCCUCCCUGCUCACCGAGUCUGAAGCAUUUGCAGUCCUCAUGAACAUCUUGUCCAGCAAUGCUGAUGUGCCCAUGCCCAGAGGCUUUUCUACUUGCAGAGUUCCCAGGAAGCAACUCAUCGGUGGCCCACAGUCCUCCAAUAUCCCGACGCUGACCGUGGACACCCCGAGCCCCGUGAUGCUGGAGCAGGUGUUCGGCAACGAGUCCUCGCGCGGCCACUCGCUCAACGUGUCGCACCCGCACCACCACCACUGCGUCAUGCAGUUCCCCAGGCACCCCAGGCUCGAAGGUGUACGUAUGUCAUCAAUGAUGAACAAUCCGGUGUUGAACGGUAUCGGCGUGGAGCACAUGGAGCGCGGGGCUGAGAUCAGCAAGAUCUACUGCCAGCGCCCCAUCAUCCAGCACACCGACUGCCUCAACACCAGCGUCCUCGACUGCUCCGUCACCUUCAUGGUCGACAAGAAUAUCUGCCUCCUCGGUGUCCAGGUGCCGACGCAGGCUCCGAGCGAGGAAGGCGCUGCGAGCGCUGUGCCGGGCGUGGCGGGCUACUCGGAGCUGCUGUACGCGCACCUGCUGGACGCGGACGGAGCGCGCCUCACCUACACGCACUACACCAGCCGCGUACCCUACCGACACCUGCUCGACAUCAUGUUCAACCGACCCGUGUACAUCCAGAGGAACAAGGUGUACAAGGUGGGGAUAGUGUUCAACAAAGUGGGCUGGUACCCGAUGGGCACGUGCGCGCAGCAGGUGGCCGUCGAGACGGUCUUCUUCAACUUCGGAAUUGGGCAGAUCAAUGAUUCGGUCCGGGACGGUCUCAUCCGCUCCAUCAUCUUCACGUACUAGCGCCAGCGUCGCGGCCACCGCGUCGGCUGUCCGCGCCUGGCCCAGCCGCCUCCAGGCGCUCUCCUGACGUCUAACGCGUCUAACGGCAUGUAGAAUGUUUCACGUCGAUACGAUAUUUUGUGUGUUAACGGUUUGUGUUCAGAGUGAGGGUCCGGUAUAGGGUAAUGUGGCUAAUUCAAAAUUUUCGAGGAAUGGUAAACAUCGGAACGGUAUUUGUAUAAGGGAAAUUGUUUUUGAAUGAAAAUUACGGGAAGGCAUUUUAAUAAUUCAUUAUCGUAUUUUAUGUAGGACGUUAGAAUUACGUACUUUAUCAGUCGUACCACGAAAUAUACGAACGUACCUCUGAGCUCUGUGUCUAUCUUUGUAUUAGAGAUGGGUGAUUGUUACAGGAAUUAAUAUUAUAAUUAACCGAUCUGAGAACAUGAAACGUUAAAUUAUGAGUAAAAAAAUAUUUUACAAAUAAUUACCCGAUUAAC